AAGAAGCUAUGACUCCAUGUAGUAUCUCAUCUUAGGUACAUAAGUUCGGGACACCCCUCUCUUCAGCAAGGGGAUUCUCGACUUUAAAGCCGUUGCAUGCCUUGGCUUAUAACACUGCCUCCUACCCGAACUUGAACUUGUCGUCGCUACUCCUUUAUAACCGUGGAAACCCGCUGCUGUCUUCCUCGUAGCCGUACUUCCGCUAAUCCUUUCACGUACCUAACAGGCUAGACAAAGGAAUUUAUAUAUUAGCACCGGCUUUUCUUCGUGCUCCAUCUAGCUCUUUUAUAACUAUUUCUUAACUUGAUCAAUAUAUACCCUACCAGCUCCGGUUCCGGCUUCAUUACAUACUUGGUCUUAUCAACUACAACGAGCCUCACCAUCAAGAGGAGGGAUUAGAGGCAGUUAAUUAUAACAUCACAGCGGAGUGGAACUUGCAAUCGUCAUCUCCUCACUUAAGUGAACAUCUAACUAUAACACCAUGGCGACUACCGACAGCAUCCUGCAAGGCGUCACCAUCUCUGGCACUGUGCUGCCGGAACAUAAGAAGAUCUUGACGCCGCAGGCAUUGGCUUUCCUAGCACUACUUCACCGAUCCUUCAAUGGCACACGCAAAGCUCUCCUAGAGCGCCGCGCCGCACGUCAAGCUGAGAUCGACAGAGGCAACCUGCCGGACUUCCUGCCCGAGACAAAACACAUCCGUGAAAACCCGACAUGGAGAGGCGCGCCACCGGCCCCGGGUCUCGUCGACCGCAGGGUAGAGAUCACGGGCCCUACCGAUCGAAAGAUGGUAGUAAACGCGCUGAACUCGGAUGUAUGGACUUAUAUGGCGGAUUUUGAAGAUUCGAACGCCCCGACGUGGGACAACAUAAUCAACGGCCAAGUCAAUCUGUACGACGGCGUGAGGCGACAGGUCGACUUUAAGCUGGGCCCCAAAGAGUACAAGCUACGAACAGACCGCGUGCUGCCCACGCUGAUCGUGCGGCCGCGAGGAUGGCACCUCGAGGAGAAGCACGUCACAGUAGACGGAGAGCCGAUCUCGGGCUCCCUAUUCGACUUCGGCCUGUACUUCUUCCACAACGCGCGCGAGUCCAUCAAGCAAGGCUUCGGGCCGUACUUCUACCUGCCCAAGAUAGAGUCGCACCUCGAGGCACGCCUGUGGAAUGACGUGUUCAACCUGGCCCAGGACACGAUCGGCAUCCCGCGCGGCACGAUCCGCGGUACCGUGCUCAUCGAGACGAUCCUAGCCGCCUUCGAGAUGGACGAGAUCAUCUACGAGCUCCGCGAACACAGCUCCGGGCUCAACUGCGGCCGCUGGGACUACAUCUUCAGCACCAUCAAGAAGUUCCGGCUGAACAGCUCCUUCGUCCUGCCCGACCGCGACGCCGUCACCAUGACGGUCCCGUUCAUGGACGCGUACGUCAAUCUGCUGAUUCAGACGUGCCACAAGCGAGGCGUGCACGCCAUGGGCGGCAUGGCGGCUCAGAUCCCCAUUAAGGAAGACAAGGAGGCGAAUGAGAGGGCGAUGGAGGGCGUGCGAGCUGAUAAGCUGCGGGAGGUGCGCGCCGGCCACGACGGCACAUGGGUAGCGCACCCGGCUCUGGCGUCCAUCGCUUCCGAGAUCUUCAACAAGCACAUGCCGACGCCGAACCAGCUGUUCCGGCGACGGGAGGACGUUAAGAUCGGCCGCAAUGACCUGCUCAACAUGAAUGUGCCCGGCAAGGUUACCGAGGGCGGAAUCCGGAAGAAUUUGGGAAUUGGUCUGGGAUACAUGGAGGCUUGGAUCCGCGGCGUUGGUUGCGUGCCUAUCAACUACCUCAUGGAGGACGCAGCCACGGCCGAAGUGUCGCGAUCACAGCUCUGGCAGUGGGUGCGGCACGGGGUGACGACGGCGGAGGGCAAGAAGGUGGACAAGGAGUACGCGCUGAAGCUGCUCAAGGAGCAGACGGACCAGCUGGCGGCCAAGGCGCCCCCGGGCAACAAGUUCGCCCUCGCGUCGCAGUACUUCGCGGGCCAGGUCACGGGCGAGGACUACGCCGACUUCCUCACCAGCCUGCUGUACGACGAGAUCACCUCCGUGGGGAACGCGGCGCCCGCUAGUAAGCUGUGAGAUGUGAGCUGCGUGCUGGGAGGAGGAGGAGGAGGAGGAGGAGAG